AUGUGGUGUUACAAAAACAUUAAGCUGAGUGAAAUUUAUACUGUCGGAUCUCGAGAUGUUACAUGGAGGAGCAUUGGGGAAGUGCCUUACCGGUUUUGUGGUUACAUGUCAAUGGUUUUUGUUGAAGGAGUCCUUCAUGCGCCUUAUGGGCAGCAGGUAGUUGCCUCUGAGGAAGACUGUAUUCUGUGUUUCGAUGUGAAAAGUGAACAUUUUCAACUUCUACCGGGGCCUGCCAAGCCAAGGUAUCACCAAGGUAGCAUCACAGAGAAUGUCUUUGGGAUAAUCAAAUUAGGUGGGUGCCUUUGUUGCGUAGAUUUUUUCCCGGAUGAUUUGGUGAUAUGGAUGAUGACAGAGUAUGGGGUGAAAGAGUCUUGGACCAAGAAAUAUGUUUUUCCCGGCCAACAAGAUCCACUUAAGGAAGGGGAUGUCCUCCAUACUCAUAUACUGUUUCCUUGGUCUUUAAUGAAGCAGGGAGAGCUAUUGUUUUACCUUCAAUACUUCCAUGAUAGUGAUAGUCAAGCCAACUAUUGGCGAUAUCAUGGUUAUUAUUCAUCUCCGCAUUAUCUUAUAUGCCAAGCUUCAUCUCUAGCUCUCAAAGACACUCACUCUCAAAUGUAUUACUUGCUUCAAUUGAUCAACGAGAAACACAUAUAA